UGUUACUUUUGGUUUUCAAGCUAGGGUUUUGGGAUGGCGGACGAGGUGGCUAUUACAGAGAUCGAAGUUACCAACUCGGAUCGUGUGAACUCAGCCACCGAUAACAUGGAUCUCAGCGUUGAUUCGGAAGCCAAUGGCGAGUCGAAUGGGAAGCGAGUGAGGGAUGAAGGGGACAAAGCGACGGACGCCGGAUCGAAGAAGCAGAAGGUAGAGAAGUCGGUGGAGGAAGACCGAUUGGAAGGGCUGGAGGGAGAGGGAGAUGGGGAGGAAGAGGCAGGGCGUGAGAAGGAACUGGUUACUGGUCCAGUGACUUUAGGUCCGAAGAAAUUCGAAUCCUCUGUUGAGAUGUUCGAUUACUUCUUUAAGCUGCUUCACCACUGGCCUACCGAUCUCAACAUUAACAAGUAUGAGGAGAUGGUGUUGAUGGACUUACUAAAGAAAGGUCAUGCAGAGCCUGAAAGUAAGAUUGGGGUAGGGAUCCAAGCUUUCCAAGUUAGAGUUCAUCCAUCAUGGAAAAGCAGGUGUUUCUUCCUAAUUCGGGAAGAUAAUUCUUCUGAUGAUUUCAGCUUUAGGAAAUGUGUGGAUCAUAUACUUCCCUUGCCAGAAGACAUGAAAGUAAAACCUGAAAGCAACAAGGCUCGAGGUGGCGGCGGCGGCGGUAAAUGGGGUGGAGGAGGAAGAGGUGGUGGGAGAGGAGGCGGUCGUGGCCGUGGAAGAGGUGGUAGGAGGUAAUUGAAUGGGAAUAGAGGAGUUGGAUCUAUAUCCAAAAGUUUUGAAGAAGUAAAACUCAAAACACUUUUGUUUUCUAUUCUGCACUGCUAAUUAAGCUCCAAUGUGGCCAAAUAUUUGCUUGUUAAUCUGUUCAGGUUGAUGAUGGAUAUUUGCUGGUUUUUACACACUGCACUUGGCUCUUUGUUAUGAAUUCACAAUUAUGUUAUAAUGACAUUGAUCCUUCAUGCCUCCAAUUUGUAUGACCAA